CGUUGCUCUGCCUCUGCUUUUUCGGGAGGGCUGCUGCGACGUUGCUCCAUUGGCUCUUAGUGGUUUGUGAAUGAUGUCCAUUGUAUUAGGUGCUGCUGGAUGGGUGGAUGGAUGCUGUGGCACCCACCGUGGUUGCUCUGCUGGUGGCGAUGGUGAUGAUGAUGAUGUUGUUGCUGAUGAUGAUGAUGAUGAUAAUAAUGGUGGUAAAACUGGGGUAGCCGUUGCCGUGGUGGUGAUGGAGCGCUUUGAUUCAAUUACCUUGCGGCCAAACGCAACGGUUGUCAGUAGUCGUGGUCGUUGCUUGGUAUUCUUAUUUGUACUUGGCGUUAGCGCUUAUUCGCUGGAGGCAACCGAUGAUGAUGAUGAUGGCCAUGCUUAUGCUGCUACGAUUUCACAGGUUUGCUGUUCGCACGUCCGCAGGGUCUGUCAGUAAUGACAUAAAUUUAAUAAGAUUCAAUCUGGUGCAAAGUGUUGAUGACUUUUUAAUUUUCCACUAUAAAUCGAGUACGCUUGACACCCCCCCCCACCGCCCGGCUGCUCCAUUGCCCAAAGGCAGUAUUCGGAGUCCAAUAAUAAAAAAUGUGCGUAUUUUUGAGUUGAAUUUCUAAGAAAGAAUAAAAUCAUCGCAAAAAACUGAAUCUGAAGGUAAAAAAGAACCAUCGACGUAAG